ACAGAAGCAGGGAUCGACGAGCGACACUUUUGGCUCUGCCUGUGACAGUGUGUGUAUCGGGGGCGCGCUGCGUGUGCGUGCAUGUGUGUGUGUGUGUGUGUGUGUGUGUGUGGGAGUGUAUAUGCGUGCGUGUGUGUGUGAGAGUGAGUGAGAGGGGAGAGAAAGAGCGCGCGCGCGAGAGUGUGCGUGUGCGUGUGUGUGUGUGUGUGUAUGUCUCCUGGCCGAGCUUCUCUGCAGCUGCGACUCUUCAAUGGACCUCAUUGUCGCGGUGUCGCGCUCGUAGGCGUGCGGGAAACCUCGCGUGCACAAACGCUGCGUGAGGAAACCUCGCGUGCGCGGCGGACGCUCCGGGUAUUUGCGGUUGUGCGUUGCGCGUGGCACCGGAGCGCAGCGGUUACCUGCUCCACUCUUCCUUCCUUCCUUUCUUUUUUCUUUCUUUCUACUUCUUCUGUUUGGAGAAAUCAGAGAGAGAGAGAGAGAGAGAGGGUUUUAAACUCGGACCACCGGAUCUUUGGGGCUUUGCGUUAACACCGGGUGCACGCGCUCGCGGGGAGGCGAAGGAUCGGCAUUCCUGAUUCGGCCGUGAUCAACAUCCACUUCUCCUGUGAUCCGUCUCAUCAAUCACCGCUACUCCUCGUCUCCACUGCCUUUCCACGCAGAGAACAAACUCCGGAGCCAAGCGUCCACUGCUGGAUAUCUCGUGCCUCUUUGUCACCCCACAUCGACUUUUUCUCGCCCUUCGAUUUUCUCUUCCGGCCCGCACCAUGAGCAGGAGGAGCCGUGGGGUCUGGAGUGGACUGACAGCGCUCAGCAUUUUGGUGCUGGUCCAGUGGGCGGGCAGCUGCUGGGCCAUGACGCUGAACUCGGUUCCUCUGCGUCCAGUACCAGACGCACCGCUCAGAGUCGAGGAUGAGGACCCGGUACUCCACAGGCACAAGAGGAACUGGGUGUGGAACCAGUUCUUUGUUCUGGAGGAAUACACGGGGGACGACCCUCUCUACGUCGGCAAGUUGCACUCCGAUGUGGAUAAAGGCGAAGGCCGGGUAAAGUACGUCCUCACAGGUGAAGGAGCCACCACCAUUUUCACAAUCGACGAGAACACGGGCGACAUCCACGCCACCAAACGCCUGGACCGAGAGGAGCAAGCCUACUACACGCUACGUGCUCAGGCCCGCGACCGCGCCACCAACCUGCCCGUCGAACCCGAGUCCGAAUUCGUCAUCAAGGUGCAGGACAUCAACGACAACGAGCCUCGGUUUCCAGAUGGACCGUACCAAGCGCAAGUGCCCGAAAUGUCUCCAGUGGGUACGUCGGUGGUGGAGGUGAAGGCGACGGACGCGGACGAUCCUACGUACGGCAACAGCGCCAGAGUCGUCUACAGCAUCUUGGAAGGCCAGCCGUAUUUCUCAGUGGAGCCCAAGACAGGUAUCGUGAGGACGGCGCUUCCGAACAUGGACCGCGAGGCGAGGGACCAGUACCUGCUCGUCAUCCAGGCUAAGGACAUGGGAGGUCAAAUGGGCGGCCUUUCAGGAACCACGUCCGUCACCGUCACCUUAACCGACGUGAACGACAAUCCUCCACGCUUUUCACGAAAAUCCUAUCAGUUCAGUGUGCCCGAGUCGCUGCCCGUGGCUUCCGUGGUGGCCAAGAUAAAGGCCUUGGAUGCAGACGUGGGCCCCAAUGCUGAGAUGGAGUACAGAAUUAUCGAAGGAGACGGCCUCGGGGUUUUCCGAGUCGAGCCAGACAGAGACACUCAGGAAGGAGUCAUAACUCUGCUGAAGAGUCUUGACUUUGAAACAAAGUCGAGCUACACUCUAAAAAUCGAAGCGUCCAACAAACACACGGAUCCGCGCUUCCGGGCGCAGGGACCGUUCAGCGACACGGCGAUGGUCAGGCUGGUGGUGGAGAACGUGGACGAGCCGCCGGUUUUCACCACGCCCGUCGGCAGGAUGGUCGUCUCCGAGGCGGCUAAAGUGGGCACCAUCAUCGGGACGGUCUCCGCCAUGGACCCCGACUCCACCAACAGCCCCAUCAGGUACUCGAUAGACCGGAACACCGACCUGGAGCGUUUCUUCAACAUCGAAGCCGCGACUGGAGUCAUCAGCACGGCCAAGCCUUUAGACCGAGAGAUGAAUGCGGUGCACAACAUCACCAUCCUCGCCAUUGAAAGCAUGGACCCGUCGCAGGUGGGGAAAGGAAUCACCCUCAUCACGGUGAUGGACGUCAACGAUAACGCUCCCGUCUUCGCAAUCGAAUACGAGACGUUCCUGUGCGAGACCGCCGGACCAGGCCAGGUGAUCGAGACGGUGAGCGCGGUGGAUAAAGACGAGCCUCCCAGCGGCCAUCGCUUCUUCUUCUCCCUGACUGCAGAGGCUGCUGGGAACCACAACUUCACCCUGCGGGACAACAAAGAUAACACGGCGUCCAUCCUGACUAAGCGCGGAGGAUUUCACAGGCGAGAGCAGCCGCUGUACCGUCUGCCCGUGCUGAUAGUGGACAGCGGGAGUCCGUCUCUCAGCAGCACUAACACUCUGUCCAUCCGGGUGUGUGAGUGUGACUCUGAUGGAGCUCCACAGGCCUGUGGCACCGAGGCUUUCCUCCUGACGGCCGGACUCAGCACCGGAGCACUCACAGCCAUCCUGGCCUGCAUCAUGACACUGCUCGUGCUCGUGCUGCUGAUCGUGACGGUGCGGCGGAGAAAGAAGGAGCCGCUGAUCGUGGACGACGAGCGAGACGUGCGCGAGAACAUCGUGCGCUACGACGACGAGGGCGGCGGAGAGGAAGACACCGAGGCGUUCGACAUGGCGGCUCUGCGCCACCUCAACGCCACGCGGGAGAGUAAGACGCGACGUGACGUGACUCCCGACAUGCCCGCCGUCCCCACCCUGUACCACACGCGCCCCCCGCCGUACAAAAUGGCUCCCGAUAACGGCGUUUUCCGCGAGUUCAUAUGGGAGCGGCUGAAGGAGGCGGACGUGGACCCUUCGGCUCCGCCGUACGACUCGCUCCAGACGUACGCCUUCGAGGGCAGCGGCUCGGCGGCGCAGUCGCUCAGCUCUCUGGAGUCGCUCAGCACCGACUCGGAGCACAACUACGACUUCCUGAGCGACUGGGGGCCGCGUUUCAAAAAGCUGGCCGAUCUCUACGGCCACAGCGAAGCCAGCAACGUGUUCUCCUCCUAGCUGGAGGGUCGACUCGUCAACCGAAACGAAAACGAACAGUCACCGAGUGCCAAUGACUCACCGCUCCUCGAAGGAAGGCAGGAGGGACACUUUUUAUUCUGACAAAAAUGGAUAGUGGAGAGAAAAAAUAAAUAAAUAAAGACAACAUAAAUGAACAACCAGUGACAAAUGCCAGAAAUGGCAUGAUCCCCAAAAGAGGUGGGAGGAAGAAUUUAAAAACAAAAAUAUGGAACAUUCGUACGUAGGAGGAGAAAUAUUGGCAUCGAUUUCCCACCGAAACGUCGAUAAUCCUCUCCGAGGACAGAUUGUGGAUUCGUACAUCGUGGCACUUGGAUUUAAACCCACAAUAAGACGCCAAGCUCAGACACAGAAAGGAUCUAGCGGGGAUAAAGACCGGUGGGUGGAGGCGUCACGCGAGAGUCCGUCCCGGAAUUUGUUUUUGCAGAGACUGUCAGAGGCGGCGAUGAAUCAGAACAGUCCUGCCUGGCGAGCUGGCUCUGCUGCCUCGUAACCCGUGUUCUCCAAUGGUAUCUCAAUGUUUCUGCUCUCUCACAUAUUUCUAUGACUCACAGCUUCUUCAGCCACAAAAAAGCAAAAAAAAAAAAAAAGAAAGAAAAAAAAUCGAUAUGAAUUAAGUCGCCGGUAUACUCUCGAAAGACAUAUUGCCUCGUGAGAUAAUGCAACUGUCGCUGUGUAAAAUAUCUUUCAUCUGACGUGAGGCUUUAGUUUCAUAUGAAAUAAAGCAUCGGUGUUGAUGAAAAAUAGCCAAACCACUGAUUUAGAGGGAAAAAAAGGGGGGUUCACGUGUACAAUAUUGCUUACUCGGGAUGAGAUUUGUGUCCUUGCAGGUUUUCCUCGGCUUCGGAAAAGUGUCACGUUCGGUUUCUUUUGUGCAGCAGGAACAUUGAAACGGUGUGAAAUUGAAGGAUUAAACCUAUCCAUCACUCUCUCUCUCUCUCUCUCUCUCUCUCUCUCUCUCUCUCUCUCUCUCUCUCUCUCGCUCUCUCUCUCUCUCACUCUCUCUCUCUCUCUCUCUCGACCCUGAAAAACAAAUGUGUUUGUAGUGUCAGGUUCUGCCUCAUGUACUGUGUACUGUAAGUACGUUCUGGAUGAUUAUCGUGCAAGUGUUUUUUUUUUUUUAUUUUUAUGUUAUGUUAUGUUUUGUUUUGUUUUGUUUUGUUGUUGUUUUUUUUUUUUUUCUUUCUACCUGAGACCAGCCAAGCUGUUGCAGACGUGAGGCGCCUCGGAACUGAAACGUUGUUAAUACGCAAAGCAUCCAUUCUGUCUUCUCUCGUUUUCUCGGAUUGUGAACAACACGAAAUGUAAACGUAAUUUGAAACUAUGCUUUGAAAUAUUCUUCAUACACGCCAUAAUUGAAAUAUGGACUUAUUUUGUACAGUCGUAAAGUAAAUAAAAAAAAUGCACAGCUC